AUGCAGCCCCUCAUCCAUGCAGGGCUCUGCCUGCUCCUCUCCUGCUGCUUCCAAGAUGCAGAGGCACAAAGGUACAGCUACACCCUCACUGUACCCAAUGGAGGCCAAUGGGGUGAAUGGGGGGGAAAGGAUUUUUGCCCCCAUGGCUACGCCAAUGGAUUUGCUUUGAAGGUGGAGCCUAACCAAGGCGCCGGCGUAAAACAUGAUGACACGGCUUUGAAUGGCAUUCGCCUGUACUGCACUGACGGCUCCGUCAUCGAGUCCACGGUGGGGCCGUGGGGCCAUUGGACUGUGGUCCACUGGUGCCCCAAGAGCAACCUGAUCUCCUUCUCGCUGAGAGUGGAACCAGUCCAGGGAAAAGACGAUGACACAGCAGCCAACAAUAUCCAGUUCACAUGCUCCGAUGGGACUGGGCUGAUGGGCACCUCACAUUCCUGGGGUGAUUUUGGUCCAUGGAGCAAUCGUUGCAGCUCUGGGGGCAUUUGUGGGCUCCAGACGAAGGUGGAGGCACCCCAGGGCCGUGGGGAUGACACGGCGCUCAAUGAUGUGAAGUUCUUCUGCUGCAACUAA